AUGGCGCUCAAAACUGCUCUCCUCAUGGCCAGCUCUAUAGCCGCAAGUGUUAUGGGCACUGCUCUGAAUAAUCGCGAUGAGUGCGGUGCUCCGGAGCCCACUGAGGAGCACAAGGCUAUUACCAAGCAACUGCUCUUAAACGAGACUAUGUUUGCUGAUAACGAAUUUUCUGCAAAGGCAAAUAUCAAUGUUCCCGUACACGUUCACAUUGUUGCUAGAGACAAAACUCCCAAUGGAGGGUACGCCAAAGAGACAGACAUCCGCAACACUAUCGCAGGCAUGAACAAGCAUUACUCGAACAUGGGAUUCCAGUAUAUCCUGAAGAACAUUGACUACACCAUUAACGCUGAGUGGUCGAGCAACAAGGGCGAAUAUGCAAUGAAGGAGAAGCUCCGUGAGGGAGACUAUAAGACUCUAAACCUUUACUACAUACCGACCCUUGACGCAAACGGGUACUGCUACCUCCCUAUCAAGACACCAGACGCCGCGUCUUUCAUCAAGGAUGGAUGCACAAUUCGGACAGAUAAAAUGACGAAUGGUCAGACUACCACCCAUGAAGUUGGCCACUGGCUUGGAUUGUAUCAUACCUUCCAGGGUGAAUGUGGUGGUAGUGGUGAUCAGGUCGAUGAUACUCCCGCUUGCAAGAAGACUUGGAGCUGUAAUGACAACCAGGAUACUUGCCCAGGUCGCCCUGGCAAAGACCCCGUUCAUAACUUCAUGAGCUACGGUACUUGCCGAAGGGAAUUCACUGUUGGACAGGGUAAGCGCAUGCGCAGCUCCUAUGACUAUUAUCGAAAGUAA